UUAAUGUCAACUUCAAGAUUAGCAAUUAGAUUAUAUACCUAUAGAGGUUAUUCAGCUCCAUGGAGAGUCAGUAUAAUGCUAAAGUUGAAAUAAUUACAUUAUUAAUCAUUUUUUGUUAACUUACCUAAAGGUGAAUAAUUAUCCAAUAUGUAUUCUUAGAUAAAUCCACUUUAAGUAAAUGACAUAUUAAUAUAUUUUUAGAUAGUUCCUACAUUAGAAAUCAAUGGAGAAUUAUUACAUGAGAGUAUGGCAAUAGCAGAAUACUUAGAAGAGGAAUUUCCAAGGAAUAAAUUAUUUCCAAAAUCUCCUUUAGAAAAAUCUAUUGUUAGGUAUAAAAAUGUAAUUAUUUUAGAUCAAUGUGUGAAACAGUCAAUAGUGGAAUUCAUCCAUAUCAUGCAUCUAGAUUAUAUAGAUACAUUCAUAAUUAUGUGAAUGAUAUUAAUAGAUAAGAGAUUUCAGAGCCAUUCUUAGAAAGAGGUUUCACAGGUUAAAUAAUUAUUAUUUAUUAUUUAUAGCAUUAAAUACACUAGUGGAAAAACAUGGAGGAGAUUAUGCAUUUGGAAAUCAAGUUACAAUAGCUGAUGCAUUCAUUUACCCAGCUUUUAGAGGAGAUGAUGUAUCAUACUUAGUCAGUGUUGAUAAAUAUCCAGCACUCAAAAGAGUUGUUGAAAAUCUUGAUAAACUUCCAGAAUUUGCUUAUGAACAUCCAGAUUCAUAAGGAUGAUGACAUUAUUAAUAUCAAUUAUUAUUAUUCAAU